AUGGCGCACGGAGCAGAGGACUGCGCGACAGUCCUGGAGCACUUCGUCCACGAUGUCGCAAACCUCCCAGCUGAGAUCAACCACCUGAUGGAAGAAAUCCAAGCCAAGGACAAAGUCAUGCAGGAGUGCCGCGCCACAAUCAACUCACGCGACAGCAGCAUCCAGAAAUUCGUCAAGUUGAACGGCAGUCUCGCCCCAAAUCCCAAGGAGGAACAGUACGGAAAGACCAUCCUUCAGAAUCUGGACCAGUGCCAGCAACUGCAAGACGAGAAGAUCCAGCUGAGUGACAAGGCCUGCGUGCUCCUCGACCGGCAGAUCAAGAGACUCGAUGUGCGCAUCCGCGACUUGAUCAACGAUGGCAUUCUCACCAAUGACCCUCCCAUCCCCUCGCUCUUCGACAACAAGAACCAAUACAGGGACCCGCCGAAAGUCUUCUUUCCAGACUCUACCCCGUCCGCAGACUCGCCUGCCUACUCCUCCACCCCUCUUAACCCGACCUCCGGAAACGCCAACCCAAUUCUUGCUGCUGCACAGAGACUGCACCAGGCCAGCGUCCCUCGUCCUGGCAACGCAGCUGCUGCACUAGCAGCGCAAGCCACAGUUCGCAGCUCCGCGCCUGCAACUCCCACCGGCACCUCGGCCGUCCACGCGCUUCAGCGGCAGAGAGAAUCCUCCGCGGGAGCAGUGGACCACAAACGACGCCGACUGAACGCAUCAUUUGGGGCCGUGCCAGCCGCAUCUUCGAACCUGCGCCAGUCUUCCCUUGGACCUGGCACACCCAAGGCCGGCACGCCGGCAUCCAGCCGAGCAGGCAGCGCUGGCCCGCGCGCGAUGGGCGGACCCAAGAAAGCAAUGACGAAGAAGAUCGCGCCGCACCAACAAGUGAAGAAACUCAAGAACGCUAACGGCAAGCCGAUCAAGCGCUCCUCCAGCGCCAGUGGUCGUGUCAAGAUCUCGAAGAAAUCGCCCGCUGGCGAUGGCGACGAGGACGACGACUCGAUGCUUAGCAGCGCGGACACUGAUGACUCGGAGAAGAGCGAUGGACAGGGUGAUGAUGUUGAUGAUGACGAGGAGGAGGAAGAGGAUGAAGGGAAUGAGGAUAGCAAGGUGUACUGUACCUGUCGGACGGUCAGCCACGGUGAUAUGGUCGCCUGCGACAACGACGACUGUCCGUAUGAGUGGUUUCACUGGAAAUGCGUCGGCUUGACCCGUGAGCCUGUGGGGACGUGGUAUUGUGAUGAAUGCAGGAAGACGCUAGGGAAGUAG